AUGACGUUGAAGACGACUUCACCAGAAGAAACAUUGACGAGCCGGAACACCACGCGCACCACCAACACGAUCAGGGAGCCGAUGGCUGAGGACCCCUCCCCGAUGCAACGGUUCCUGGCUGAAGAUGGCCGUGACCAACCGUGGCAUAACCUCAGCCCUGUCAUCACCAAUCAUGUCACCUCCACGUCUUCCAAGAGAAGCUCCUCGGCAGCGGCGGCAACCAACGGCUCGACUUCCAAGGACACCACCUCCAAAGUCCAAACAGAGGGCCAUCGCCACGACGAACGCCAGGAGAGGCCGUCCAUGGUCCAUGAUCUGAAGUACAUCGGCCACAUCUUUGCACGCAGUGAAAGCCACGAGAGCACGAGACGUUUGCUGGUGGAUGGUUAA